AUGCAUCCCUGUGUUUGUGGCGCAAAGGUGGUUUGCGGGGAAAUCACUGAGUUUCCUUUGCCACAUCAUAUGCAAUUCAAAACUGAACUUGGUCAGCACUCAUCAGUUGGCGGCGCAAAGGUUGUUUGCGGGGCAAACUGGCUUAGCAGCACUUCUUUUGCUAUUCGAAGUCUUCAUUGCUUAGUUGAAAUGGCUGGACGAAAUGAUGUUGCGAUUGCUGCUGCUUUGGAGGCUAUGGCUCAAGCUCUGAAACAACAACCGAAUGCUAGUGAGAAUGCUGGAUCUCGCAGUUUGGCUACCUUCCAGAGGGAGAACCCGCCGGACUUCAAAGGCAAGCAUGACCCCGAUGGAGCAUUGGAGUGGUUGAAGGAGAUUGAGAGGAUCUUCCGCAUAAUGGAUUGUACUCAGGCACAUAAAGUUUGCUACGGGACGCAUAUGCUAGCAGUCGAGGCUGAUGACUGGUGGCUAGCAACUCUGCAGAGAUUAGAAGCUGCAGGUGAAGAGAUCACUUGGGCUGUGUUCCGAAGAGAGUUUCUGCGAAAGUAUUAUCCUGAGAGUGUUCGGGGUAAGAAAGAAAUUGAGUUCCUCGAACUGAAACAGGGGAACAUGUUAGUGACUGAUUAUGCUGCGAAGUUCACUGAAUUGGCCAAAUUUUAUCCAUAUUUUAAUGGAGAGGGUGCAGAAUUUUCAAAGUGCAUCAAGUUUGAGAACAGGUUACGCUCUGAAAUCAAGAAGGCUAUAGGGUAUCAGCAAAUCCGCAUUUUCCCUAACUUGGUAGACAGCUGCAGAAUUUUUGAGGAGGAUAAUGCUGCUCAUUAUAAGAUUGUCAGUGAUAGAAGAGGCAAGCAGAAUCAGCAACAUGGCAAGCCUUAUGACGCUCCAGUUGGCAAGGGCAAACAGAGGGCUGCUCCAGGCCAAAUAACAAGUGGUGGAGGUGCUCCUGCUCUGAUUGUGUGUUUUAAGUGUGGAAAGGAUGGUCACAAGAGUACUUACUGCACUGACGAAGUUAAGAAGUGUUUUCGUUGUGGUAAGACUGGUCAUAUGAUGUCUGAAUGUAGACAUGAAGAAGUGGUUUGUUUUAAUUGCGGCGAAGAAGGACAUAUUGGAAGUCAAUGUCAAAAGACAAAGAAGGCACAAGCUGGUGGUAAGGUGUUCGCAUUGGCUGGUACUCAGACAGGCACUGAGGACAGACUCAUUAGAGGUACUUGUUUCAUCAAUAGUAUGCCUUUAAUUACCAUUAUCGAUACUGGUGCUACACAUUGUUUUAUUGCUGCUGAAUGCGUUGAAAGAUUGGGUCUUGUGCUAUCUUCGAUGAAUGGCGAGAUGGUAGUUGAGGUUGCAGCUAAAGGAUUUGUGACUACAUCUCUUGUUUGUUUAAAGUGUCCAUUGUCGAUCUUCGAUAGGGACUUUGCUGUUGAUUUAGCGUGUUUGCCGUUAGCCGGGCUAGACGUAAUUUUGGGAAUGAACUGGUUAGAAUAUAACUAUGCUCACAUCAAUUGUUAUAACAAGAUUGUGAGAUUUUCAACUGCCGAAGGGGAAGAAGCUGGUUUAGUGUUGUAG